AUGGCAACGCAGGCAGCGAACGUUAACAAGAAGUUGAAUUAUUCCGUGGCCGGUAAAGAGAACGAUACCAUGAUGUUAGGUGGUGGUCUCGUUUCCAAUAAGUCCGGUAUCGAUCUGAUGCAAAACUGUGAUCUCCCUCCGCCGGUCAAGGUGUUUACGGGGCUGGAUAAGGCGGUGGAGUUGAUGUCGAUGAAUAGCAGGGCGGUUUACAACAUCACGGGACGAGAGGACGAUGAAGACGACGGUGGGUUCCGUGACGAUGGGAAGUUGGAAAUCUUCAGGGCUUUGAGAUUGUCCCAGACGCGUGCGAGGGAAGCGGAAAGGAAGGCGGCGGGAUUGGCGGAGGAAAAGCAUCGUUUAUCGAACGCCUUCAUGAAAGAUUCGUUGCAGCUGUUUGCUUACCGGCAAUGGGUGAGAUUGCUUGAGAUUCAAGUCUGGGUGCUGAAAUCGCAAAUGGAGACGAAACGUUGUGAUGAAACAGAGGGAGAAAGAUUGGAGGAAGAGAGUGGAAAUAAUGGGGACGAAAUGUCAUGGUUAGUUGCUCUGGCGAUUUGCUUUGGUAUUGCUAGUGUUGGUUUUGCAUUUGGUUGUACAUAUUUGUUUUGA